AUGGCCUCUGUAAAUCGUCCCACAAACAACGCCAUCAAGGAGAAGGAUAUCAACCAGAAGCUCCAGCUCUACGGCAUCUACCAAGCCUUCGCCAAUGGCAAAGUCCCUUCCAACAAGCAGAUUGAUGUAGCGCUUAACAGUGCACUUGCCUCCAAGGCUCUCUCUUCCCCAUCCUCGAAACUCUCCCAGGAGGGUCGCAAACUCGUUGGAGAUUUGAAAGAGGUCAUCCAGCAGGCCAAAUACCUGCUGCUGUCCAAAAAUGACGGAAAUCUGCUCCAGGAGUUCAUUUGGGACACACAGCAUCUCGACGGCAGCAAUGCCAACCUUCCCAACGCUCCAACAGACAAGGCUACCGCUCAACAGCACGGCGAUGAAGCUCUGGAAGGUCUCAAGACCCUUGGCAGACUCAUCCUCUCGAACGGCCAGUUCCGGAAACUCUUGAAUGAUGCUGUCAUUCUUAUGCGAGAUAUGGCCGGCGACGCGGCGCAGAAUGUUGCCAGCCGUGUCAAUCCCUCCGAAGACCAGUUGAACCAAAUCGAUCAUCCGGCGGAAGACAACACCUGGCAUGAGGUUCCUGACCUAUCCAAAGAGAACCUGAAGGGCCAGGCCCGUGACGCCUUCAACCAGAACAAGCCCUUCAGCAGAGAGGAAGCCAAGGAUGCCGCGCAGCAAGGCUUGGACACUGCUCAGCAGCAUCCCACCCCAGACAAUCAAGAAGCCGGACGCGUGGGGCUGCAGAAUGCGACUGAGACCCUGAGAACUCGUGCGCAACAGAAUGUUCCCGACGAGCGCCAGGAAGACGUGAGGAAGGCUAAGGAGGCCACAUCUCAACAUACCAAGAACUAUCUGAACAAGAAGGUGCCUCAAGAGCGUCGCGACCAGACUAUCUGGCGUCUUAAGAAGAUGGUGGUGGAGAUUCAAGGCCACUCGGACUAUCGCCAAGCCAUUGACACGCUGCUCUCCCUCGCAGAGACAUAUGGUGGUCAUGCCACCGAUUUGCAUUCGCAGUCCACUGGGACUAUCAAAGGUGCUCAUGAAGAUGACCGCUUGAAGAGUGCGGAGGCUAACUUGAAGACACUGAUUGAACGCUUCGCCAACUACACAAGCACUGAUGACUUCUUCGACGCCUUGAACAACAUCUAUCGAGACGCGGAUCGCGACCCAGAACUCAAGGGAUGGUUCAAGGCCGUGGACAAAUACAUCCGCAGAUGUCUGCAGGAGCAAGGAUAUAUCCUCCAAGACGAAGCCAAUGAUGAGUACAACCGUCUUCAAGACAAAGGCCGCUUCCUCCUUCGCGACCGUUAUCGCAAUCACACCGACCGCAUCCUUGACGAGAUCAAAUUCCUUGCAGAUCAGUUCGAUCAGGAUCCACAAAACAAGGCCUUUGGAGAUGCUGUACAGAAACUCUUCCUCGACCUUGGAAACGAUGAGAAUGGCAAGGCCACAUUCAAGCCUCAUCUGAUCAAGGACCUUACCGAGGUCAUUAUUCCCGCGAUCUUCGAGAAUACCCGCUACAUUCCAAUCCCGAGAAUUGAAGUUUCCGAUCCCAUGAUCGAUGCUGUGGUGGAGAAUCUCGUCAUCGAGAGCGACAACCUCUUCCCCAACGUCUUCGAGUUUGGUAGCGACAACUAUUUCCGCAUGGGCCGUAAGGGUGUCUCCAAUAAGCGGGAGAACAAGUUCACAAUCGCUGGUUCUGGCAUUCAGAUGGACCUGCAGGACGUCGCCUACUACAUCAAAAAGAAACAAGGAUUCCCCUCCAUCACCGACAAGGGUGUCAUGGACAUCUUCCUCGGAGGCGAAGGUUUCAGUUUCAAGAUCUCCGCCCGAAACGCCAAUGCCAAAGACCGCAGCCACUUUGUCGCCGUCGAUAAGGUCGAUAUCACCAUCAAAAACUUGAACGUCAAGAUCAAGCAGUCCAACCACAAACUAUUGUUCAAGAUCGCUAAACCAUUGUUGCUCAAGACUAUGAAACCUGUUAUCCAAAAGGUCUUGGAGAAACAGAUCAGGGAUACCUUCGUGAAGGCGGAUGCUUUCGCGUACAGUGUGCAUCAGGACGUACAACGCGGCAAGGAGGCGGCUUUGGAGGAUCCCGAGAAUGCUCCGAACAUCUGGCAAUCGUACUUGAAUUCUUAUCAGAAGAUGCUGACAGAGAAGAAGGAGAAGGCCAAAGAUGUCACAUCCAAGACCAACGUCAAUAUGGCCGUGACGAAACAAGAUUCGAUCUUCAAACAUAUCAAUCUACCGGGUGGAGUGUCGACCAAGGCGACCGAGUACAAGGAGUUGGCCGCUAAGGGUGAACGUUGGGAGUCACCAAUCUUCAGCAUUGGCAGUGCUAAAGAGUCGACUGAUCUUCCCAAGUCGAAAUCGGUAUCCCGCAAGCCGCACGAUACGACUCCUGCCACUGUCCGUGGCGGUAAUCACCCCAAUGACGAUAACUUGUCUACCGUGACAGGCACUACUGCUACCAGCAACGUUGCAGGCACUACCCCUUUCGGCACCACUGGUACCGGCCAAGCUCCAGGAACUGCCGGUUUCAGCAGCCAAGUUGACCGAGCGUUCGACCCGAACAAGAACAUCACAAACGGUGGUGCCAAUGUUGUCGGUGGUGUGACCAACGGCAGCGCCAACAAAACUUACUACGACGGUGUCACCCAACAGUAG